UUCAAAAUGCGCCCCGAUCGGCCUCGCGACCCCGUCACCGGUCCCGACGAGGGACCGGAGCCCCCGUAUCCCAUCCGCAUGAGUGGACCUGUCAUCAAAGGCUUCGGGCGGGGCAGCAAAGAGCUGGGCAUUCCAACAGCCAACAUCCCCGCCGAUGAACUCUCCCAGCAUCCCGAAUUGUCUGUAGGCGUUUACUACGGCGUCGUGGCGCUCGACCCAGCGCGCUUCGCAACGGGGGAGACCAUCCGCCCGGCGGUGCUGAGCAUCGGAUACAAUCCCUUCUACAAGAACGAGUCCAAGUCGAUUGAAAUCCACAUCAUGCCGCCCCUCUCCGCCCCCUCGCCGACCGCCACUACUUCUACCGACGGACAGGUCACCUUCCACAAAAUGCCCGACUUUUAUGGCACGCCACUCAACUUGCUGAUUCUGGGAUAUAUUCGUCCUGAAUAUGAUUAUGUUUCGUCGGAGGCGUUGAUCGAGGAUAUCCGGGUGGACUGUGAGGUCGCGAGGCGGAGCUUGCAGCGCCCGGCGUAUCGGUGCUAUUUGGUUGAGGAUCCGGCUUGUGAGGGGAAUGUAAGGGAGGAGAUUCGCUGGUUGACCAGUUUCGAAAUGGACCGUCUCCGCCAACACCUCCGUCGUCGCCGCAGCAGUUCCGCCGGCACUAACCCUACCACCAGCAAUGGUACACCACUACAAUCUCCCCCAUCAGCCAACGACAAACACAGUCGUCGUCGCGAAGCAGAAGCCUCUCCCCCACGCAGACUUUACCUGACUUCCGAUACUCCCGACUUCGACGCGGGAAUCCUAUCGCGCUUCCGCGCUGAAGGGUUCGACGUCGAGUAUCUCCCCUUCCGGGGGUGUCAAAAUGCAACAGAUGGCUGUGGAGAUGUAGAUAAAGAGCGCAAGGAAUUGGAGAAUCUGUUGCAUGAGAGGGAAGAUGAUCUCGAGCCGGGCGAAAGAUAUGCCGUCGUUGCAUACAACAAACCCGCCCACCUCCUCCUCGAAUCCCACCACCAACCACUAACAGCCACAAACCCCUUCCCCAGACUCUGUGCCCUAGUGGCAUAUUACCCCGAUGGACCUCUCACCAGCACCAGCACCACCAACAACAACAGCAGUAACCCUUUAUUCCCAGAUACCUCUCGCGGAGCAACAGGAAGUACAUCCUCAACAACAACACCAACAACCUACCCCCCCUCCGUCCCUCUCCUCUGUAUCCAGAUCCACCUCGCCGGUACUUCCACCACCACCACCUCCUCAAUCGCAGACACCCUCCUCAACAGCACCAAAAACCAUCCCCGGAAACGCCACCGCUGCCAUGUCUUCACCUACCCCGAGUCAUCCCCUAGAUUCGCCGAACCUUCUUCAUCAAACUAUGACAAGCUCUCCGCACGCCUAGCAUGGUCUCGCGCCCUCGAGACCCUAAAGCGGGGUUUCGGAUGGCCCGCGACGAAAUGGCGAGUGCCGGAUGUCGAGAGCGUGUGGGAGGAGUAUUGGCGGUGUUUGUCUUCCACUUCCACUUCCACUUCUACUUCUGGGGAAGCGGGAGGUGGUGGUGGUGGUGGAGGUAGUGAAAGAGACGAAGAAGACGAGCGCAGUCACCGCGCAGCGGAACUGGUAGGGUUAAUGGUGGGCAGUGGAAUGGGGGUGCAGCUGGAGAGUGUGCAUAGUAGUGGGAGUUCUUCCUCACAUUUAUAUACUACUACCCGUGGUGCUGGGAAGGGAACAGAGACAGAAACAUGCACGAUUGAAGAGUCGCCUGUCGUGGUGUGUGUGCCUACUUGUGCUGGUGGAACAACCCCUUCCACCAUAACGAAAUUCUACACCAACAGCCACUUCCUCUCUCCCACUCCUUCCCCCUCUAACCAAUCCAUCCGGCUGCUCUCCCGCACUACAGGGCCUGAUCGCAUCGUCGAUGAACUUCUCCUAACCUUCACGCAUGAUCGUGCUAUCCCCUGGUUACUGCCGAAUCUGCCUGCAACGGGGAAGGAGGUCAAGGUGGCGUUGGUGCUGGUGGCCAGUUUCACGGCGGGAAAGGUCGCCCGUGUGCAUGCUUAUUGGGAUCAGGCCAGUGUGUUGGUGCAGGUGGGGGUUUUGAGUAGAGAUGGAUUGCCUGUUGUUGGGGCGGAGGGGGUGGAUAUGGUUGUUUCUUAG